CAGAUGGUGUCACGACCUGCCAGACAUUGAAGAGUGAUCAGGAAGAAAUUAUACUAGUUCCGCAGGGGUGGUGCUGCUUUGUCAACACUGGCAAGAGGGAGGGAGGUUUCUUAGGAUAUGGCUUCGUCAAGUUUGCAUUUAAGUGCCGCAUUGGCUCAAUGGAAUAUGCUGUGUUGCAGAUGAAGAAUUUGCCCGGCCUCACCGAGAAAAAUAAUGAAUGUGACCUACACAACAAACUCAAAGUGCUUGCAUGGGAAAAAUACUUUCUGGAUUCAAUUAUAAAACGUGCUGUGAAUUUUGUAUGUCUUUCUUGUUUCAAGAUUAGCUGGAAUGCAGAUGCAUUCCUUGGCACACUUGUGACACCCUUAUCAGCCACUGAGAUGGAACAGUCAGGGGAGGGGCUCAUCUGGAGCACAUUCUUGGUCGUUCCUCUCCUGGCUUGUCCACAAGGAGAGGGAUCUGUGGAGUUCAAAUUUUCCAGGAACACGGAAACUGGAAAUAGCAGGGGUCUUCUCGGAAUGUGGGUGGAUGCCUAUGCCCACCACACCAUUAUAGAUAGUGCCAGGGAAUGGUUAAUUGCAGAUCUUCAAGGUAUGUUUCAUAUAUUCACAGAAAUCACUGGUUCUUUUGAUCCACAGGCACACACGUUUGACUCCUCAUCUGGGUUCUGGGAUAAGGGCCCAAUGGCAAUCGAACAAUUUCUCAAGGACCAUAAAUGCAAUAAAAUAUGCCGUAAGCUGGAGCUUCAUAAGGAGACAAUUACUGUGCCUUGCAAAGCACCAGCCAACAAACCAUUAUUUUGAUCAAGUUCUAGUGACCAGACCAGUUCUUUCCCAAACUCCUGAUCAUAGACCAAACACCCCAAGUGGUCUGAACCGGGCUUGGGAACUCUAACUUUCUUCAUCUUAUAAGGUACAAAC